AUGGUGGUGGACACCACCGACCGACCGACGGGCGGACGACGACGACGACACGCCGCACACCACAGACCGAAGCCAUGUGCGCGUGUGUGUUUGUGCGUAGUACACAACAAACCACGUUCACUACGUCCUCGUAUUCUACUCGAUCUCGAUAUUCCCGCCACCUCCACCGUAACCCUCGGGGGAUCACAGAUCGAUAUCGAUCAAUACGAUAGUGGCGGUGGCGACGACGACCGGAGAGAGAGAGAGAGAGAGACCCUAAAAAUAUCGGCGUGCGUAGCUAUUUCGGCUAUGCUUAUCAUCACGAGACCUUAUCAAGGUGAUUCUCGUUUCCGCGAAGGAGAAGCGUGA